CUCGUCGUCCGUCAGAUGGCGCUCAGAAGUUGGAGUAAACAAGUGGGAGAGUUUGAAGAUACUCGAGAGAGAAAUGCCGUUGUGCUGUUUGAAUUGAAUAUAAAUACUUUAGUAUCAAUUUUUCAUAUUCGAGAAAUAUGCGAUUUCAAGUCUAUCGCGAUGGCGUCUACAAAUGAAUUCGGUCCGGAUUCUGGCGGUAGAGUGAAGGGUGUUACCAUUGUCAAGCCUAUAGUUUAUGGCAAUGUGGCACGUUACUUUGACAAAAAGAGAGAGGAGGAUGGUCAUACGCAUCAAUGGACUGUGUAUGUCAAGCCGUAUCAUAACGAGGAUAUGUCUACUUAUGUGAAAAAAGUGCAUUUUAAACUGCACGAGAGUUACAAUAAUCCUAAUCGAAUUGUGACCAAGUCACCAUAUGAAUUAACAGAAACUGGCUGGGGAGAAUUCGAGAUAGUCAUUAAAAUCUACUUUCAUGAUCCGAAUGAACGUCCCGUAACAAUAUAUCAUGUGCUGAAAUUGUUCCAAUCAACAUCUGAAACACAGUUGAGAAAAGAAAGCUUAGUUUCUGAAUUUUACGAGGAGAUAGUCUUCCAGGACCCAACGGCAUUGAUGCAACAUUUGUUAAAUUCCAGUAGACCUAUGACUCUUGGUGUUUGGCGGCAUAAUACAGACUUCGAAGCAAAGAAAGAAUCUACAAUGAAAGACAUUCUGGAGGCACGCAACAAGAUAAGACUAGAAGUGAUAGAUCUCAAAGAAAAAUUGACAUUGGCAAAAGAAACUAUUGCAAAAUUUAAGGAAGAGAUUGCAAAGAUUUCUAAAGCUGGUGGAAGUUUAUCCGUUGCGUAAUAAUAUUGUUACAAAAUUGAAAUCAAGCAAGACACAAAUUCAUAUUGAUUGUUCCAAACAAUACAGACUUACCCUUUUUUUUUUAUAUUUGUAUAAAGUGUAUAUAACUUUCUAAUUAUAACUGUAAAUUUAAUGCUAAUUCAAUUAUAAUUGCAUUUAUAGUUGCAUGCAAAUUGUAGGGCCGUGAAAAAAAAAAAAAAUUGUAGGGCUAUGACAAAAUUUCGAAUCAAUAAAACUCGUAUGAUUCGUGAAUAUAUCUUAUUAUAUCAAAAUAUGUAAUAGAAGUUUUUAUUACAAGCAUACAUAUAUUAUUAAAAAAAAAAAAAAAA